CCGAGGUGGAACGGAGCCGCGCAGCCGCCCAUCCUCCGCACAGAAGCGAGCCCAGCAUGUCCGCGUCCGCAAGCGCCGAGUGCCGCCGCGUCAGCCCGUGCGUCCACGGCUACAAGUUCGACACGGCGCACCGCAAGAAGGCGGUGGCCAACAUCUUCGAGAGCGUCAACCAGGACGCGGUGAUGCGCCUCUUCCAGAAGACCGGGGACAUGAAGGCGGAGGAGCGCGUGCGGAGCAUCUUCUCCUACAGCCACGACCCGGAGGCCACGUCCCGCGCGCUGAUGGCGCUCAAGCAGCGGAAGAAGGACAAGUUCCUGCGGAUCGCUGGGAUGUUGCGGCAGCUGCUGACGGUGCGCUGACUGGGCCGUGGCUCGGCGCUUUGAGCCGAAUGUGAAAACACUUUGCCGCAGGAGCGACUCACCUGCCGCGCGGGACCUCGCGCGAGGACCGUGACCUCACGGACGGAGGAGCGUCCCGCCGCGACGGAGCGCGAGCCGGGAGCGACCCGGGAGACGAGGGCACGCGCGCCUCCACUUUGACACUUGAAUUUGUCUCGAGGAUGUUGGAGACGCACCUGGCGCGCCACCAGAGUCAAGCUGCAGCUUCAGUGCCCGAGAGCGGACCACAUGCCUUGCUUUGUCUGUGUCCUCGUGGUUUUUCAUGUUACACCGCAAUGAUUUGCCUUUUUCUAUAAUAAAUUAUUGAAUUCUAUA